UGUGUGACCAGUUGGCUCUGGGUGUAUCUGCAGUGUUUGGCCCGUCCCACAGCUCCUCAGUCAGUGCUGUCCAGUCCAUCUGUAACGCCCUGGAGGUACCUCACAUCCAGACGCGUUGGAAACACCCGUCAGUGGACAACAGAGACACAUUUUACAUCAACCUCUACCCAGAAUACACUGCAAUCUCCAGAGCCAUACUGGACAUAGUGACUUUCUUCAAGUGGAAGAGCCUAACAGUGGUCUACGAGGAUAGCACAGGUCUGAUGCGGAUGCAGGAGUUGAUCAAGGCUCCGUCUAAGUUGAACCUGAAGAUCAGGAUACGGCAGCUUCCACCUGGAGAGAUUGAUGCCAGACCUCUUCUGAAGGAGAUGAAGAAAGACAAAGAGUUCUAUAUCUUGUUUGACUGCUCCUACCGGACCUCCGCAGAGAUACUCAAACAGCUCUCGUCGAUGGGAAUGAUGACAGAAUACCAUCACUUCUUCUUCACUACAUUGGAUCUGUUUGCGUUAGAUCUGGAGCCGUACCGCUACAGUGGGGUGAAUAUGACAGGUUUCAGGCUGUUGAAUAUAGACGACCCGUAUGUAGCUUCCACCAUGGAGAGGUGGUCUCUGGAGAGGCUUCAGGCUCCACCUAAACAGGAGAGUGGAUUAAUGGAGGGAGUUAUGACGACGGAGGCGGCGUUGAUGUAUGACGCGGUGUUCAUGGUUGCCGUGGCGUCACAGCGAGCCACUCAGAUGACGGUCAGCUCCCUGCAGUGUCACCGACACAAACCCUGGCGCUUUGGACCUCGCUUCAUGAACCUCUUCAAAGAGGCCCAGUGGGAUGGUCUGACAGGUCAUAUAGCUCAUAAGACAGAUGGGCUGAGGAGAGACUUCGACUUGGACAUCAUCAGUCUGAAGGAAGAUGGCAACGAAAAGAUUGCGGUGUGGAACUCCUACACGGGUUUGAACCUUACAGAGACCAACAGGGAUAAAACCAACAAUGUGACGGACUCUAUGGCCAACAGGACACUGAUCGUUACUACUAUAUUGGAAAACCCUUAUGUGAUGUUUAAGAAGUCAGACAGGGAGCUGUCCGGUAACGACCGGUUCGAGGGCUACUGCCUGGACCUGCUGAAGGAGCUGUCCAACAUCCUGGGGUUCACAUACGAGGUCAAACUGGUGUCUGAUGGGAAGUAUGGUGCACAAAACGAUAAGGGGGAAUGGAACGGCAUGGUCCGAGAGCUCAUCGACCACAUAGCUGAUCUGGCAGUAGCCCCUCUGACCAUCACAUAUGUGAGGGAGAAGGUGAUAGACUUCUCUAAGCCCUUCAUGACUCUGGGAAUCAGUAUCCUGUACAGGAAACCCAACGGCACCAACCCUGGAGUGUUCUCCUUCCUCAACCCCCUGUCGCCUGACAUCUGGAUGUACGUACUACUGGCCUGCACCGGAGUGAGCUGUGUCCUGUUUGUCAUCGCCAGGUUUACUCCCUACGAGUGGUACAACCCUCACCCCUGCAACCCCUCAUCAGAGUUGCUAGAGAAUAAUUUCACCUUACUCAAUAGUUUCUGGUUUGGAGUGGGAGCUCUCAUGCAGCAAGGGUCAGAGUUGAUGCCUAAGGCCUACUCCACCCGUAUAGUAGGAGGUAUCUGGUGGUUCUUCACCCUGAUCAUCAUCUCCUCCUACACGGCCAACCUGGCUGCCUUCCUCACCGUGGAGAGGAUGGACGCCCCCAUCGACUCGGCUGACGACCUGGCUAAACAGACCCGUAUAGAAUACGGAUCAGUCAGGGACGGGUCCACCAUGACCUUCUUCAAGAAAUCCAAGAUCUCCACCUAUGAGAAGAUGUGGGCAUUUAUGAGCAGCAGGAAGAACACAGCUCUGGUGAAGAACAACAGAGAGGGGAUCACCAGGGUGCUGACCACAGACUACGCUAUGUUGAUGGAGUCUACCAGCAUAGAGUACAUCAGUCAGAGGAACUGUAACCUCACGCAGAUAGGAGGACUCAUAGACUCCAAGGGCUACGGAGUGGGAACACCAAUAGGCUCCCCUUACAGAGACAAGGUGACCAUCGCCAUCCUGCAGCUCCAGGAAGAAGGGAAGCUUCACAUGAUGAAGGAGAAGUGGUGGAGAGGGAACGGUUGUCCUGAGGAGGACAACAAAGAAGCCAGCGCGUUGGGCGUGGAGAACAUCGGUGGCAUCUUUAUCGUCCUGGCGGCUGGACUCGUCCUGUCUGUGUUCGUGGCCAUCGGAGAGUUCAUCUACAAGGCCAGGAAGAACUCUGACAUAGAGGAGUGUGUCUCUUUUAGCUCUGUCAUGGAGGAGCUGGGUAUCUCCCUGCGCUGUCACAAAACCAUCAGGCGAAGGUCACGACCCCGGGGACGAUCUGGAUUGGCCAGCGUCCUCUGUCACCCCAAACGCAUCCUGAGGAAAGAGACUAUGACGUAGGGACAUCCCCGCCUAUGCUUUAAUGAACUGAGGAAAACUCUGGUUGUAACAGACUCUUAUUGGACCCCCCCCCCCCCCCCCCAAGAUCUGUUUGUUUGUAUAUAGUGGAUUGGAUGUUGUUCGUUUCUCUCUCUCUUUUGUUUUUUUUUGUGUAUAUACAUAAGAGCAAAUGAAAAUUGAGGAUGUAUUGUACGUCAACCAGGAAGUAGGAAUCUGACAGUUUGGAGUGGUGAUACAGUGCUUGGGUGUUUUAUACAUUUUACAGUGCUUGACUGGUUUAUACAUUUUGUGAAAAAGUGUAAACAGCUCUUUUGCCUCAAAAGACCAGAUCAUUGAACUACUAGAGAAGAAACAAAGUCCUGAAAUAAUGUUUCACUCUGGCUAAGGAGACUUCCGGACUGCAUGGUGUCUUUGAUGCAACAAUUGUAAAUGACAAGAUGGGAUAAUCCAGGAUGCUCUGUGAGAUUGGACUCCUCUGCUACUGAGGAUACUACCUUGGACCACUAUUAACAAAUCAUUUUACGGCUCUGAGCCCGACUUCACCGGGCCCCUCCAAACAAGGUACUUUGCCACUCCCCCCCCCCCACCCCGUCCUUUCAACUUUACCUCAGCACAAAGUGCAAUCUCCUCUCAGUCUGGUCAUGGGUUACUAAAUUUCCCCUGGGGGCUAAACAAGACAGACAUACAGGUUCUCAUUUCCGGGCCUUUGCCAACAAUAGAUCACGGGAUCGCUUUAGUCAUCUCCUCUUGACUACACUGUUGGCUUAAAUUCUACUGUUCCUCCAUGAAUUUGAAGGUCAUUGACAAUUUUGACAACUUCUGGGAGAGGUAUCAGUUUUACCCGUGCGAGCAAGAGUUCUCAGCCAUCAUGGAGGAGGCUCUUGUAAAACAUUGACUCAUAUACAGCCCAACCCUGGCCUAGGUUGUUCUUCCCAUUUCCACUAUUUCACAGCGUUAUCAUCGUACUACUACAGAUAACCAUAUUCCCAAGGGGUAUUGUGUGUAUUAAUGUUGUGGCCAUAAAGUGAAUGUAAUCUGUUAGUUCUGUUACUGUUAGCCCAAUUGGGAAUCCCACUGUGGUAAGCUCGUCCUGUGAUAUUAUUUCAAAUACCAUAAAUAUGGACACCACCGCUGUUUUCAAAUGGCAUAGAGGGCUGUUAAAUAUCAGGGUAGGAACGUUUGGGGUCAAAGAUUGGCCGAGUCCGGAUGUUUUGGUUCUCACAUAGCUAAAUGGCUCGAUCUCGGAUAAGGACAUUGAUACUGCAGAUUACAGCAUCUUCACCUUGACUUUGUUCACAUUUUGUUCUGUUACAGCCUGAAUUUAAAAUUGAUUAAAUUUGAGAUUUGUGGGGUCACUGGACUAAUGUCAAAGUGGAAUAAUGUUUUUCAAAAAUGUUUAUUUAUGAAUAAAAAAAUGAAAAGCU